CAAAAAUAAGUAAAUAAAUAAAUAAAACUAAAAAAACAAAUCAGAGCGAUAUAUUAUCUCUCCGUCUCUCUCUCACGCCAGAUUUCAAUCGUCGACUCGAUUUCAGAUCCGAGAUACAAACUCCGAACAUGUCUACCUUCAGCGGCGAUGAAACAGCUCCCUUCUUCGGCUUCCUCGGCGCCGCAGCCGCACUCGUCUUCUCCUGUAUGGGAGCGGCAUACGGAACCGCAAAGAGUGGUGUAGGUGUGGCUUCGAUGGGAGUGAUGAGACCCGAGCUUGUAAUGAAAUCCAUCGUCCCUGUCGUUAUGGCUGGUGUGUUGGGUAUCUACGGUUUGAUUAUUGCUGUUAUCAUCAGUACCGGGAUUAACCCCAAGGCUAAGUCUUACUACCUCUUCGACGGAUACGCACAUCUCUCCUCCGGUCUCGCUUGUGGUCUUGCUGGUCUUUCCGCUGGAAUGGCCAUUGGUAUUGUGGGUGAUGCUGGUGUCAGGGCAAAUGCUCAGCAGCCUAAGCUCUUUGUCGGGAUGAUUCUUAUCCUUAUUUUCGCUGAAGCGCUUGCUCUUUAUGGGCUUAUUGUAGGUAUCAUCCUUUCCUCUAGAGCUGGUCAGUCUAGAGCUGAAUGAGAAAGUUAUCUCAAGAUUUACCACCCCAAUUGUACUACUUGCUUUACUUUCUGUGUGCGUUCUUUAGUAUGUAUCGUCGACACUGAAACAUUUACUGGAUUCUUGGAGCUUUGUUUCAGAAACAAAACCAGCUAUGGGUUAUUUAUUGUUUGGUUAUGUAAUAAAGAGCUCAGAGCAGCUUUGAUUUUUUUUUUGUAUUCUUGUAUUGUCCUGAGGAAUUUAAAAUACAUUUAUUUGUAAAGAAGUAUGCUUUCUGAAACCAUCUUGAAUCGUAUGAAAUGUCUGCAAUA